CACUCUUUACUGCCUCGAUCGUCAGGCCGUCAGAGAGGUCUCAUAUAACCGCGGCGGUCUUCUACCAAAGUACAUUCAGGGAAAGAAAAUGGCCGAUAUCGUCAAGCCCGUCGCCCUGUUCCUGCUGCUGCUCAACUUCAGCAUGUACACGAUCAUCGCCAUCAUCGGCGGAUGGGCGGUCAACUUCGCCAUCAACCAGGGCUUCAUCAUAGGCCCCAAGCUGCGCCUCCCGGCUCACUUCCACCCGAUCUUCUUCCCCAUCGGCAACUUCGCCACCGGCUUCUUCGUGGUGUUCGCGCUGCUGGCCGGCGUCGUCGGGGCGGCGUCCUGCAUCGUGGGCUUCACGCACAUUCGGUUCUGGAGCUACCGCAGCCAGCAGCCCGCGGCGUCGCUCGGCCUGAUCGCGUGGGCGCUCACCGUCCUCGCCAUGGGGCUGGCUUGUCAGGAGAUCUCUUUUGACCGAAGAAAUGCGAAGCUGGGGACCAUGGAGGCGUUCACCAUCGUCCUCUCGGUGACGCACCUCUUCUACGUGCUCGCGAUCAAGAUGGCCAGCCACGGGCCCGUCCCGGUUGAAUGGCACAACACCCUGGGCCGCUGA